GUUUGACAGAACAGGAAGAAGUAACAGGACUGUUUUCCAAGGAUUCAAUCCUCCCUUGUCCUUUCCCACCUGGGCAUGAUGAAGUAAUUCACUGGAAGAAAGGGGACAAAAUUGUGCACGUAUACUACAACCAGAAGGAUCAGCUGCAAAGACAAGACACAGAUUACAGAAACAGAACACACCUUUUCCACGAGAAUAUUCCUAGUGGAAAUGCCUCCUUGAAACUGAGUAAACUGACUCUGAGUGAUGAGGGUGUUUAUAAUUGCUAUGUGGGAACAGCGCAAACUGCCACACAACUGGACGUCAUGCUACACGUAAGAGACCAACUGUCUAAUAAGGAAGGAAGUAGCAUCCAAAUUCCUUGUGAAAACAGCAAUGACACUGCAUACUCCGAAGGCUUCAGUGUUGUCUGGACACGGCACAGAAAUGCAGGGACUUUGGUCAUGGCCUCCUUCAAUGGUACAUCUCACUCUUACCAGCCUCGAGUCCAGAUUAAGCAAGAUGACUUUUCACUGAUGUUGCAUAAUCUUAGCGCAGACAACAGUGGAGAUUACGUGUGUAAUAUUUCUACACCUCACUACACAAAACUUACCGUGACAGGUUUGCAAGUUGCUGGCAAACAGAGUCAUUUGGUAGUAGUGGAAGCUUCUAAAUUGACUGUUCAUAUGAAAAUGUUUACUUUCUCCUUUCCUGCAAAACUAAUAGUGUCCAACAAGCAGGACAAAAGGAAGUAG